CAAUGCACCAUGUAGCUGGCUAGUACAGUGAAAGCAACAUGGCGAACACCUUGUGACGGAAAAUGCUACGAAGUGCACCGUGUGCCUAACACUCUACCAACGACGAAUUUGUUUUGUGUAAAUUGUCGAGGUAACUUCAAGACUGGACGGUUUCAACGAUGGCACAGUGCACACAGAGUGCCCAGGAGUUCGUACAGAAUUCGUUCGGACCAACGGUGGCUGUGCUUUGCAGUCACGAUGCCGAGGUGUUGGCGCAGAAAAACAACCUUUCAAUGGUUGAGAUGAUACGGCCUUUUAGCCGCCUUACAAAUGAGGCUCACAUCCGAGAUCCCUCGGGACAGUUGCACCCGGUCCGCAACCUCCGUCUGAUCUUGAAAGAGAUGAACCAGCAGCCGCUCUCUGUAUCCCUGAUGAGGAGGAUGCUGGAGGAGAGUGUCAAUCGAUGCCAGCCGCCGCCCGUCGAUGGUAACCGUGGCAACGUCAUCACUGUUGGCUCCUAUGAUCUCCAGAUUGGGGCUUCAACAGCUUGGUAUGAAACCUACCGCGAUGUGUUCCUUGAGCUCUUGACCCCCUCAGACCACGAGUUCAUACAUCACUACGUAGCUUGCAUGUUGGUUGUGUCUACCUCCCAUGCGGACCCGAUGGAUCAGUUUGCCAAGUUGAGCCAGCAGCAACACUUCCUGCAGCACACCUCCAAAUCCCCCUACCCAAAGUGGUUGGUCCCGAACAUCUUCAAGUACUAUGUGCUGGUGCAUGACAACACAGACGGGGAGGAGGAAAAGGCUGAGGCAGUGUACCAGAGUAUGAAAGCGACCUAUGGCUCCCAUGCAUGCCAUUUACUGAGAAUCAACUCGCGGUCCAUCCACACUGCCGAGACCACGGCACUGAACAGCGACAGCAGCAUCGGCAUGCCUGACCCCUGGAGCCAGUACAUGAACAAGAAUGCAGAGCAGAUGGAAACGUCAGUCAGUGAUAUCCCUCAGUCAAUGGACGACGAGGGCUUUCCUGACAGGGUGACGGAGGCGGGGCCUGACAACCUUGAAGUGGAGAAAGCCACAAAUGCAAAUCUUCUCACUCCCGACAGUGCCGAUGAUGGGCCUAAUGAUCCCUCACCGGACGCCGUCAUCAUUGCCAGUCAGGAGAACACCCUCAACGAGGUCAUCGCUCACCCUCUGGACCAGUCAGGCGACACCAAGCGCUCCCAGGAAAAUCUGGACCUGUUUGACAGCACUGACUCAGCCCUCCACAGCAACAACAAGAUGCUGAACUCAGAAGGCCCCUUGCAGCCAGCUACCAAAGGCGCUAACGUGCAUGGAGCUUGCCUGACGCUGAGCGACCACGACCGGCUGCGGAUCUUCAUCCAUGAGUUCACGGUGCGCGGCCUCCUGCCUUACAUCGAGAAGAUGAUCAGGACUCUCAAUGAACAGCUCGCUGCCAGGAAAGGGUUGCACAAGUCAAUCUUCAGUGCCACUAAGAAGUGGUUCGGCGGGAACAAGCAGGCUGAAAAGGCUGCUAUCACAGGCCGUGACAUGGGUGGCAAGUAUCUGAGAGAAGCCCCAGAGCUUCAGAUGAGACGCUUAGCUGACCUGGCCUUCCUGGUACAGAUGUAUGAGCUAGCCUACACUUCCUACCACACCGCCAAGAGAGACUUUGGCAAUGACCAGGCAUGGACUCACUACGCUGGAGCAUUAGAAAUGGCGGCGGUGUCAGCCUUCAUGUUGGGCAGUAUGCAGAAGGCAUACCCGACACACUACAUGGACACAGCAGUCAAUACCUACCUCACCUCUUGCAAGAGGCCACAGUUUGCCACCCGGGCAGUCUUGAUGAGCACCGAGAUUCUGAAAGCGAGAGGCAUGUAUGCUGAGGCUGCCAUGGAAUUCAUUAGGAUGACGGGAGAGGACUCCGACAUACGCAGCGCUAUCUUCCUAGAACAGGCCGCUCACUGCUUCAUUAACAUGCGCCAGCCAAUGGUCCGCAAGUAUGCAUUCCACAUGAUCCUAGCAGGUCACAGAUACAGCAAGGCUGGACAGAGAAAACAUGCCUUGAGAGCCUACUGGCAAGCGCUGCAGGUGUACAAAGGAAAAGGAUGGACCCUUGCAGAGGACCAUAUCAACUUCACGAUUGGUCGGCAGUCCUUUAAUCUGAAGCAGCUGGAGAAUUCUACGGCAUCCUUCAAGCAUCUCUUGACCUACCAGAGCAGGCAGCCAGCUGCCCAGCAGGGUGCUUUCUUCAAGGAGUAUCUCUUUGUGUUCAAACAACUGCUGACCACGCAGUCUCAGGAGGGCAGUCCCCAGGCCACGUUGCCACAGCUCCCCCUCCCCGUCAUCAACAAGCCUGCUACCAGGGUGCUGCUGACCAGCCCACGUAGGCCACAGCUCCCAGACACGCAGAUGUAUGCAACUUCGGUGACCUUUGACCGGAUCUUUGACCCAGCCGAGUGCGAGGAAUGGCAGAAUCUAGAGGAGAUGGCCAUCAUGGUGGCCAGCGGCCAGUACACACUGCCGGCUGGAUUCCGGCCAAACUUGCAGCUGCUUCACGCGAAGACGGACAACAGCACAAGUCCCCUUGUGGUUGUUGGAGAGCCAGUCACCGUGGAGCUGGUCAUGGAGAAUCCGCUGAAGGUACCCCUGACGAUAUCCAACUUGACCUUGAGAUGGAAGUUCACUCCCGUCAGCUAUGAGCAUGUCAACAAAGAGAACCCCGAGCAGCAGCCGACGGUCCUGUCCAAUGAGACCGACAUAUUGACUGGAAAGCAGAAUCAACCGGAAGAGGUUGUCAGCACAGAGGUCAUUCCAGAAGUUUUGCUAGCCGGCAGCGAGUACAAACCUGUCCACCUGUCAGUCAUACCUCAGCAGACCGGUGAACUCCACAUUCUCGGUAUCGCCUACAGUCUCGCGGGCCAGCAGAACCCCAAUGCCAAAGAUGAGAUCACGGUCAUCAAUGACUCUGGCAACCGGGAGAACCCAGACAGUCCCCUGAAGACCAACAAGAAGGGCUCCCACCACGGUGCAGGAGUCAUCACGGUACAGGGUGGACAGGAGCUAGACAUCCAGGGCCCCCGGCUCAAUUCCACCAAGGUGGAGAGAUGUAGCAUCAUGUACGGACCUGAUCGACGGUUGGACCCCGUUGUGGUGCCACCCAUGCCGUUACUGGAGGCUGUUUUCACUUCAUUCCCUUCAACCCUUCUAUGUGGAGAGGUGUGCCAUUCCGUUGUGGAAUUCACCAACAAGGGACUCAGUCCCCUGCAGAAACUCCUGGUGGCAUCCAACCACCCUGAACUCUUCUCUUUUGGAACCUCCCCUUCCCCAACCGGCCAAUCCAAAACCGGCGUGUACAGGACUGUUCCAUGUGUCGGCGAUAAAGGGGGAAGCAGUGGGGAAUGUGUGGUGGAGAAGUGUAACGUUAGCCAUGUGACUGAGAUCCCCCUUCCGGGAGGCUCUUUGCCCCCAGGGGAGAGCGCUUCAUUACCCUUGUAUGUCAGAGGACCCGACAAGAGUGGAAUACAUGAGAUCAGCAUGCUGUUUUAUUACGAGUCUGCAGAAGAAAAUCCCAAAAUGAGACACAGGACCUUGCAUCACACGGCCACCAUUCACACCAGCAACUCCAUAUCCCUGACCUCAUCGGUGUGCCGUGCUCACAGUGGGGAGAGUCGGGACACCAAGGCCAAAGGCACCAGCCUGAUCAUCAGUCUGGACAUUGACAACAUGAAUCAGGUCCAUGAUUCCCACAUCAUUGAGUUCAGCAUAGGCCAGGUAUCAUGUGCCAGUGGUACAUGGGCACUUGAAUGUCUUGGACCAGACACAUUAUCCAAAGAGCCCAAGAUAAGUGGAGGGGAAUCACAGCGAAUGUCCUUCAAAACAACAAAGUGCAAACACAGUUCAUCAGAUAGUACAACAAAGGAACAAGUGACCUUCACAAGUAUAACAUUUGGCAAGCAGGUGGUGGAUAGCACAGCAUCACCGUGCUCGGACUUCUACUUCCGGUCGACUUUUGACCCCAGCAAGCAGAGCCUGGAGAUCCCGCCCUCCAGCAAGUCGGCCACGCCCAGCACCAUGAGCCCCACCGAGGAGGCGGGAGUUGCCCUGGUAACGGACAUGAAGUCAUCCCUGGAGCACAGCAUCAAGGCAGGGCUGACUCUCAUUGUGCUGUGGAAGGCUUUUGUUGUGGAUGAAGAAGGGUUCCAUCACACCCUGGUCGGCCAGCAUCACAUCAUCAUGGAAACCAUAGGGUCAGAGGUGACGACUGUGCAGACAGUAAGGAAAACCAGAGAAGUCAAACAACUCAAGCUCAUCAAAGAACCUGAGAAGGAGGUAUCCAGGGAAGCCAGCCCAGAGGUCAUGGGUCAGCUACUGAAAUACAGUCUGCAGUACUGCGAAGUCAGGGAACACAACUUCAGCAAGAGGAGGGUCUGCACGUUACCUGUGUCUCUCAAUAUACAUAACUGUACCAGUACUGCUCUAGAGGUUGCCAUAGAAACCACUGAUCAAGACAACUCAAGUGCAAUGACUGACAAGGUACCAGCCCAGCCGGAUGUCCUCCCCAGCACAGCCAGAGCCAGCUCGGCUGACUUUACCUGGGUGGGGCACGUGGCCCAGAAGUUGAUCCUUCCGCCGCAAGCCCCCCACCGGGCCCCGCUCCACGCCUGCUUCAGCUCACCGGGGGUCUAUAACCUGGCCAACAUCAGGCUCCUGGCCAGGCCGGCCCGGGAGGGGGCCAUCAAAUUCCACCGGUCAGGAGGUGAGAGGUCAGAGUUCACACUCCAGAGGAGACUCCCGCUGAGCCUGGUGACAAUCGUUGGUGCUUUGAUUUAACUUUUAACUGCAGUAUUUUUGUUUGUCUGAGUGAAAUUUUUAAAUUUAAUUUUAAUCCAUUUUUUUUCCACCAUGGGAAGACUGCUUUGGAAAUGCCUUGCCACUCUGUACAUAAAUCAGAAACUAAGUCUCUGUAGUAUAUCUCUUGCAUUAACAUUAAAUUGAUAAAGACAAGACAAAACAUUGUAAUUAUUCAACUUCUGGCAAUUCUUGGCUUGACACAAAAGAGAGGACCUGCUUGCCAGACAGAAUGGGACAGGAAGAACUAUGCAAGACAAAGAAAUUGGACACCUAUCAACUUUGAAUGCGUAUAGGGUGAACGUGUCUGCAAAGGGGACUGAGGAUUUGUAUCAGCUUGAGGUAAUUUCAAGGAAAGCCCAAAGAAAAAUGUGCAAGCCCAAGUCAAAAUGCUGCUGAGCAAAAUUCUGUGCUGAACACAAAUCAGCGGUGAGCCAGUCACAAGAGAAGUACACCGCAAGGCAUGUUGGCGGAUAACCCGCUUUUGCCAAGUCACUGAUUUCUUUGCUAAGCAGAUAUCUGUGCUGAGCCACUUGGACAAAUUUCACCCCAGAAGACAGCACACAGAGAAUUUGUAGAGUAAAUGGGAAGAGCGCUUCACAUUCUUGUUGAUACAAAGCUGUGGUUUCAAAUCGGACCCCGAACAGUGUUGGUGGCCUUGGGCAAGGUACUUUACCAUAUUCACCUCUCCAGUCUCCCUCCCGAGCGUGUCAUGGUAACCCUCAGAGUUACAGUUUGUACUGAUGAAAUUGGUCUUUAGGGCACAAGAUCAGCUUCCAUAUCUAAUUGGAUGCAGCAGGCUUCUCAGGGAAUUGAGACGAAUGCAAGAGAAAAUUGAGCUUCCGGUCAGAAAUGUUAAGAUAUUGAGACUGCGGACGGAGCUGAGUGUGUAGACCCAAGGUUCCUGGUAGUGGUAGCAUUAGUCUAGGUAUUUCAAAGUGUCUGACCCUUGCCUGCUUGUUCCGGAGGGCAGGUGGCACAGUUCAUUGGCUGUUGGGGACCGGAAGGGGGGGGUGGAAUUUAUGGUGAUCACAUGCCAGAAUUCAUCCUCUGAAGAUAAGCAUUGCUACGCCUAUUGCAUAUCAUCAUCUGUAGCAUUGCUGACAUGACGUAAUCAACAGCGCUACUUCUAUAAAGUAUUCCAUAGUAUAAGGUUGGCUUUCUGUAGUAUGAAAUCCACCAGAUCUCACCAACUCUCUUUUUUUUUGGAUGGGGGGGAGGAUACCAUUACAUUUCCCCGUUCAUUAUCUGGAGACUAUAUCAGUGUCUGCACUGUUCACAUAGUACACAUACCUGUGAACGAUUGAGUUGAUGUUUAAAAUGAUUAGCUCUUGCAUGUGGGUAACAAAACUGUUUGCUGAAAAUGACACUUGUAUGUAUAACUGUCACUUGUCGACUGUGUGCGUUGAAAUGGGAAGAACGGGGAGCCACAACAGUGGUGGCACACACAAAUUGAGUUGUGCUCUGUAGAGACAUUUUGGGCAGGUAAUGCAAGUCUUGGUCAGCGAUUUCUGCUGAUCUACUUUUAUUGUGCAAUUUUGUGAACAUUGGAGAUGAAUGAAUCCGUAUCUUUGGCAUCUGGUUUCCUGAACUAUUUUUGUAAAUUGAUGUGUUGGAUAAGAAGAUGGUGGAAUGUUUCUGUUUUGUUGGAAAUAGCUGAUAGAGACUGAGUAUUUGUUUUUUCAAUUUGAAAUUUUUUUUUUGUCCAAACUGCACCUGUUUUUAAAACAGUUGUACCCACUGAUGAAAGGUGAAGUGUUAUGUUAACCUGAACACUUGGCCAUUUGGAUUACAAAAGUGGAACCUGGAGUACCUUUCUUUAAUGCUUUGGGCUGCUGACCAGUUGUCAGUUAACAGCACAAACAUUCUGACUGCAUGACAAAGUGGAACAUUAUUGUAACCGCUACACUGCCUUACCAAUGAGUUAUUAAGUCGCACCACACCUUAAUAUUGGACAUUGAAAGACUUCAUCCAAACUCACAAACUAAGCCUUAACCACUUUCUGCUGGGGACUCCGGAAUCAGAGACGUAUGGUUUAUAUGCGUGGCCGGGGUCUCUGAACUCGAACAAACGAAA